AUGGAUGUUGACAGCCAUUCACAACAAAAACGGAAGAGGUCGCCUUCCCCGGACUCGGAUGGGACUCCACCGCGCUCAACCCGAAGACGUUCGCGCUCACCGCCGUCGUCAAAGGACAGGGGCCAAAAUGACGACGCUGGGCCCUCGAAAGAACUAGUCAAGACCACCGAAAAGCCAGCAGAGAAGGAUUUCGAUGCAAAGGCCGAAUUCGCAAAGCUUCUGGGCAAUAACACACGUUCAGGAGGUGUCUACAUGCCGCCUGCUCGUCUCAGAGCCCUCCAAGAAGCGGCCGCAGCGAAAGACAAGGCUUCCCCCGAAUACCAGCGUCUUUCCUGGGAUGCGUUGCGAAAGUCCAUCACCGGUAUCGUCAAUCGAGUCAACAUUGCCAACAUCAAGCAGAUUAUACCGGAAUUGUUCUCGGAAAACCUGAUUCGAGGGCGAGGGUUGUUCGCCAGGAGUAUCAUGAAAGCUCAAGCCGCCAGUUUGCCAUUCACCCCUGUGUUCGCCGCUGUCGUCGCAGUGGUCAACACGAAACUUCCUCAAGUUGGCGAGUUGGUGCUCAUUCGGCUUAUCAGUCAGUUCAGGAGGGCGUUUAAGCGGAAUGACAAGAUUGUGUGCAAUUCGACAACUACCUUCAUCGCGCACCUCGUCAACCAAACUGUUGCCCAUGAAAUCAUUGCCCUUCAAAUCUUGGUCCUCCUACUCGAACGUCCCACCGACGACUCUAUCGAAAUUGCCGUCGGUUUCAUGCGUGAAGUCGGCGCCUUCUUGGCGGAAAAUUCGCCCAAAGCCAACGCGACCGUCUAUGAGCGAUUCCGCGCCGUGUUGAACGAGGGCAACAUCAGUCACAGGGUGCAAUAUAUGAUUGAAGUAUUGAUGCAGGUCAGGAAAGACAAGUACAAAGACAACCCAACCAUCCCUGAGGGGCUGGACCUCGUCGAGGAGGAAGAACAAAUCACGCAUCAAAUUCAACUCGAAGAAGAACUGCAGAUUCAGGAUGGACUCAACAUUUUCAAGUUCGACCCCAACUACCUGGAGAACGAGGAGAAGUAUAAGGCUAUCAAAGCCGAAAUCUUGGGCGAAGAUUCGGAUGAUGACGAUGAAAGUGGUUCUGAUUCCGAUGACUCUGACGACGAUUCUGACGACGAAGUCAUGCCCGACAAGGAGGGUAUUGAAGACAAAACUGGCACAAACCUCGUUAACCUUCGUCGCACUAUCUACCUUACUAUCAUGAACGCCCUUAACUAUGAGGAAGCCGUCCACAAAUUGCUCAAGGUCCAACUUCAAGAAGGCGAAGAGAUCGAGCUCGUUAACAUGAUCAUUGAGUGUUGCUCACAAGAACGAUCAUAUUCUACUUUCUACGGGCUCAUCGGGGAACGUUUCAGCAGACUCAACCGCGUCUGGACCGAUUGCUUCGAGCAGGCUUUCGUCAACUACUACAACACCAUCCACAGAUACGAAACCAACCGGCUCCGUAAUAUCGCCCGGUUCUUUGGCCACAUGCUUGCCUCGGAUGCCAUUGCCUGGACCGUCUUUGAAUGCGUCAAAAUGAACGAAGAUGAUACGACAAGUAGUAGUCGUAUCUUCAUCAAGAUUCUGAUGCAAGAGAUGAUGGAGAGUAUGGGUUUGGCGACUUUGAAAGAAAGGUUCCAAGACCCUGAAAUUAAGCAUGCUUGCGCCGGCAUGUUCCCCACCGACAUCCCCAAAAAUACCCGCUUCAGCAUCAACUAUUUCACCAGUAUCGGCCUUGGUGUCGUUACGGAGGAUAUGCGAGAGUGGUUGAAGAAUGCUCCCAAGCUCAUCAUGGAACAACGUCGCGCAAUGCUGGAAGCCGAAUCUUCAUCUUCGGACUCUUCCGACUCAGACUCGACCUCUGAUUCCGAUUCCGACUCUGAUUCCGACACCGAUUCCAGCGAGUCGGAUAGUUCCUCCAGUUCAGACUCGUACUAUUCUCGCCGUCGCUCUCGCUCUUAUCGAAGGCGCUCCAGGUCGAGGUCCGUUUCUUCGAGUCGUUCGCGCGGACCAUCCCGUAGAAGAGGACGCGACAGGAGCUCGUCUCGUGAUUCAACCCCUCCCAGGAGGCGUCGCUCGCCUUCGCGCUCUGUGACACCCCCACGACGAGACCGUGAUCGUUCCCCACCUCGGCGAGACAAGGACAGGGAUGGCCUUAGGGAUUAUCGACGUGAUGACCGAGACUAUAGGGAUCGCGAUGGUGAUAGGGAGCGAGAUGGAGAUUAUCGAUCUCGAGAUUACCCCAACGACAAGAUGGAUGUAGAGAUGGACCAAGCAGACUAUCAGCGGGAUAGGAGGGAUAGGACGCCUCCUCGUGGGUCUGGAGGCUAUCGACGAGGUUCACCUGUUGGUCGGGAUAGGGAUCGAGAGAGGGAACGCGACGGGGGACGAGACAGGGACAGGGAAAGGGAAAGAGAGAAGGAUAGGGACCGUCGACCGCCGCCACCAUCGCCUUCUCCGCCCCCUCGCGAACGCGACCGGCCCAACGACUAUGAUCGCGGUUACCGAAAUGGCCCCAGUCACAGUCAUGAUGAGAGGGACAGGUCACGCUCGCGUUCCCGCUCACCUCCUCCGCAUAUGAGGCGUCGAUCUGCUACCCCGCCCGUUGCGUCCGCUGGCGGGGGCCGGGAGAGAGAUAGGGGCUAUGAGAGGAGACGAUGA